CAAUAAUUUCUCAGUUGUAACUUAAUCUACACACUCCGAAAGGACAAUAAAAAGUGGAUAUAAAACAAUCUUGUAGUGAUCAUUUCAACAGUAGUAUAUUACCCUGGUAGUUUAGACAACACAGCUGUACUUUCAUUGCGAAUAAAUAAAUAGAACACAAAAUAAAUAAAUAAAUAAAAAUUUAUAAUGAAUAUUACAUUAUUAAUGAAUGAAACUGAGUCAAUCCCUUGUCGAUCUGUAAAUAUGCUCUCUGAUAGCAUGGAUGAUUAUACAAGUCUAUCUAAUUCCCAGUAUUUACAUAAUCAUAACACGAAUACAACAGUGAUCACUUCCGACAGUAAUAUUUGCAGUACAAAUAGCAGCAGCAGCAGCAAUAAUCAUCAUCAUAAUAUUGUGGCUACAACGCCGCAUACAAAUAAUGUCUGCAAUAAUGUGAAUGAAUUGUCAACUACAGCAGAUUGUACAACGACAAUGGAUACUAUGAAUACUAUGAAUUCCAAUUCCACUUGUGCAUCCCCGAAUGGUUCAACACUGACAAUGUAUGGGACUCAGCAUCGUUUUAAAAUUAGUCCAAAUGCUUAUCAUGAUUUGGAGAAUGGAAACAAUUCGGUGACUAUGAAUAAUAGUAACAAUAGUACUCGUCCGGAUGCAGAUGCGGAUUCAGCCUUCCCACCGAAAAAGUUAUAUACCGACGAUAUACCUGUAUUAGAUUCAUUUCCUGGUUAUUAUGGUUUCGAUCUUUAUCGACCAUUGUGUGGAGAUACUUAUGAGGCAAGUGAAACGAAACCAAGCACAGCAUUUUUUUACUUUAAAGAUGAACAAGGAUGGACUAAUCUUUAUGCAAAGAAAACACCUACUUGGUGGACAUUAUCCUACUGGUGUCAACGUAAACCACCAGAUGGUUCAUUUAUUCGUUUAACACCCGUGUAUGGAGCGUCAGAUAAACAACAGGAAGUAAUCCAAAGGUGUUUUGAAGAUUUUAUGGCAAUACCAACUUCUGGAAUGGCUCGUUACAGUAUAGUGAUGGUUGGCAAUUCCCUAGCUGAAUACUUUUUUGAUCCGACAACUGAACGACUAUGCGUCACUUUACCCUAUGAAACACCAAAAGAAGGAUGUGAAUAUAGCCAAUUCAAUGGGAAAUUCAUGUGUUUCAACAGUUGUUUAUACAAUGGUGGCCAGGGGAAUAAGAAACCGCUUUACUUAAUAAUUACACUAGAACGAUUAAUAACAGGAUGUGAUCCAAGCAAAGGACACUGUGAAGUACUUGGACGUCAAUGUAUUAAAUUUCGUAGUUGUGCGUGCCCUAAAAGAGAUAAGGAAAACAAUGAAAGACGUACUGGAGAUACUUUAUCAAUCUGUACUCCAACAUUAGGCAAACGCAGAAAAGAAUCAAAUGAUCGUAGUGACCGUCAAGGCAAACGUCUACGUUCAAAUCAAAGACCUUCAUCAGUUAUGAAUAUGAAUGGUAGUACGCAUGCAGGGGGGAAUCCAAACAGUAAUGGUAUAACCUAUGAUAAAGAUAUCAAUCUAUUACGUGAACACAAUUGGUUAUCACCGAAUCAUGAACAUUUAUUGAAUGAAGAAAAGUGUUCUAGUGAACCGAAUGGUAUAGAUGAUUUCUUAGAUUAUUAUGGACAAGAAAAUGAUUAUGAUACAUAUGGUUAUGGACAGAAUACAAUCCAUUUCAAUGGGGAAUCGUAUAAUCUGUUAUUAGUUCCAACAAAUUUACCUGGUGCAGUUGAAACACUGUCCAGUGUACGUUAUGGUUUAUUGCGUACAUGGAUCUGUUCAUUGGCUAAACAUCAUUAUCAACAGCAGCAACAACAGCAACAGUUAUAUCAGACAAUGACGAAACAAUCUCCACUGACAAAUGAUAUAGACGGUAGAAAGGAAAAGAAAGUCGAUAAUAAUAAUAACAAUAAUAUUAAUAGUCAAAAUUCAAUAAAUACUGGUAAUACUAUGCUGUUAGGUAAAGCUUCUACGGAUAAACCUUCAGAUAGUUCAGAGAAUCGAUACUAUCCUCCAGUGUCUGGACAAUAUCCAAGCUCGUAUAAUCGUGCAGCAAUUGGGAGUACUUUAAACCAUUGGAUUAAAACUGAAUCACAUUUAGCUUCUUUGGUUCGUGAAAGAAUUAAUCUAUUGAACGCAUGUCAACAAACUUAUCAAUUCAGUGGUGAUUCUACUGAUUCCCAACCGAAUUCUACACUAUCUACCGGUGCAAUGGGAUUUAAUGGUACAGGGAAUCUAGAUGAACCGGUUGGUCUGUUGAAUCAAGAAUACUUCAAUGCAUCAUCGCAUAUGAAUGCAUCAGUAGGUAAUGAAUUGAUCAAUUCAAAUUUAUCGCGUAAUUUCUGCAGUCAACAAACAAAUAUUAUGCAUAAUAUGGCUGCUUACAUUUUAUCCUCGACUAGUACUAGUACUACUUCAACUGCUACAACAACAACUACUUCUGCUGAUAACAUCAACAAUCGUGGAUAUGUUUAUAACACAGGCGGUAAUAAUAUGGAUACUAAUUGGUCAUAUGAAAUUGAUCCUAGUAUGAGAACUGGCCAACUAUCACAUACAGACCAAUUAUAUGAACUGUCUCAUCAAGGCUUGACUAUAGAUAAUAACGGUAAUAACAAUGCACUGCAGGUCCCCUCAGAUCUUAUUGAUCCGUAUACAUUGGUCCAACAAUUACCCCAGUCAUUGUCAACUUCAUCACCGGUUAAUCAACACCAACAGCAACAUCAUCCUCAUCAUCAUCAUCUUCAUGCACACCAUCCUCAUCUAGCUCAAGUUCCUCCUCCUGCUCUUCAACAUCAUCAGCAUCACAACCCCCACCACAAUCAUCAUCAGCAUACGCAUCAGAUACACCUUCAGCAAAGUAUGAACACUUCAAGUCCUAUUUCUGGUACAGAUGAUAACCGUUCCUCAGCAUUUACUACAACUGCUUUGAUUUCAGAUGAUUCCUUGAAUACUAAAUCGCUGAUAUUUAAUUCAUGCAUUCUUCCCCAGAUUACGCAAACACCGACGCCAACAACAAUACCAACACCGACGACGACAACAGGGACGUCAACAACAUCUGCAUCAACGACUAGAACAGGGGCAACGGGGACAACAAAUUUUGGCAAUGAUUUUAAUACAUCAAAUUUUUAUACUACAGCAUAUUUUAAUCUUACUGCUUCUAAUAAUACUGAUAAUAAUAAUAAUGGUGAUACUACUACUACUAACAAUAAUGAUAACAAUGGUAACAAUAUUAACUGUACAAAUGUUAGCGAAUCGACUGAUUUAACAGAACAGAAUAAUUCUACAUUAAUCGAGUCGUUGUCACGAUCCAGCAUCCCAGGUAUAUUAACACAUCGAAAUGUACCUCAGAAUUCUACACUGUACAAUUAUCAGUUAUCCAAUCAUACAAAUCUGUCUGAAUCUCUUUUAUUAUCAGAAGAAUUACUGCAUAAUUGUUUAGAUAAUAAAAAGAAGUGUUACGAUGAACAAGACGGUGUUCAUUCUAUAUUGACUAAGCAUUUAAGAAGUACAUCAUUCUGUUUGUCGUCUACACACUCUCCGGAAUCCCUUGGGAAUGAAAAAUUUGUUAAGUUAGAAAUAUGAAGACACCUUUUGUUUUAUAUUUACAUCUCCUUGAUAUUUAUUCAAAUUUAUACCACACCACACCACAGUAUCAUCACAAUACAAUCUCUGAACUAUUUCAAUCAACUGUUACAACUUUAUUAAACAAUCUGAUUGACAAGAAAUCACUGGAUACAUUCAUGUUGUUUAGUUUAGGUGAACCGCCUUGAAACAAAUACUUUCUUGUCUUGUUACCAAUGGCAACGCCAACAACAACAACAACAAAAUAUCACUGUGAAAAAGAAAGACCUUCAAAAUGAUUUCCUUUCUGGAAAUUUCUAUCACACUAUCAUGACAUUUUUUCUCAAAAAUUUAUCUAUUUCAACAUACAUACAUACAAACAUAGGUGUAUAUUUGCAUUUGUAAGAAACAAAACAAACAAACAGGCAGAUAAAAAGUUUCAUGAUCAUUUAAUUACGCAUUCAUCUAAUACUCUUACUCAUUGUAGUUAGGGUGGAGGGGGCUUAUUUUAAAGCAUCAAGAAACAAAACAAAAUCAUAUUCGACUAUAUUUCAGCUUUUCCUUAAUCUCAUUCUAUUUUAUUUUGUUGUUGCUGUUUUGGUUUCGCAUUUAUUAUCAUACGCCUCUUAUCUUGUUCACACCAACAUCUGUGUCGGCAUGAUUGCCUCCAUGAUUUGAUACCACGUCGCGUCAUCAUCAUCAUCACAGUCAUCAUUUUUCAUGAUCAAAAGACACCUACUUUUGUUGAUGAGUAAAGUGUUAAAUAUAAGAACAUUCUGUGGUUUAUCCUAUUUUAAAAUUUCUAAACUAUUAUUAUUAUUUAUUAUUAUCAUUGCUUUUGAUAUAUACAUAUACACAUAUGCAUGAAAUUCUAUUAUUUUCUUCUUUGCAUUACUUUGUUUUGCUUUAGUUAUUUUACUAUAUAUACAUAUAAAUAUUUGUUUCCUUUAUCUGGUUUUAUCAACAUAAAAAAAUAC